UCCCGUUGAUUUGAUUGAGAAACUUAUAUUGGGGUCACGUAGCACCAAGUAAUCACAAAGAGUGUUCGUCUGAAAUCGUGUUGGGCUGUUGAUAACGUUCUACUUAGUCUUGGCCAUGGUACCUUGCAGAGUGUAGUCUAGAUUUCAACCGCGCGUAGUACACUAUCCAGAAUCAAGCACCAUAGUCUUGGGCCAAGAAUACGUUCUACUUGGCUGCCAUGCUAUAUCAGUAAAACCCGAAUUUGAGCAAGCUUUCCAGUGACACAACCCCUACCUUUAGGCGACGGCAAGCAAAAUCCUAUGACAGCUAACUGACGACAAGCAACAUGGUCUUUGCCUGUAUCGAAAGAGCGAUGCGGUUGGCUUUCUUCAACUAUGGAGGCUUCAUCGCUAGACAUCCGUAUCCAUUUCUGAUAUGUCCUCUCUUACUAACUGCAAUCCUCGGCCCUGGCUUGAUCUUUCUUACGGAAGAGCAGGAUGUCGAGGACCUUUACACGCCGGUAAACGGACAAGGGAAAACGGACCGAGCGACGGUCGAGGAGUUGUUUGCGCAAAAUGGUGACAGCGACCCGUUGUUGUCACGGAUUACCAGGUACGGGAAUGCUCUUCUACGGAUGGAAGACGGCGGGAACAUCCUCGAGGAAAGCGCAAUUCAAGAAGUCCUGAAUCUGCAUGAGAUUAUUAUGGAUAUUAGUAUUCAACAUGACAGUAAAAAAUACGGCUUUUUUGAUCUUUGCUCCAAGGUGGAUGGAGCUUGUAACGAAAAUGGCGUGUUGUCCGUGUAUAAGUACAACUCGUCCAAGGUGUCGGAGAUUGCCCUGACGUAUCCUCUUUACAAGAAAGAUGCAAACUCUGUCGUAUUCCUUGGAGGAGAACUUGGGGGAGUGAAGUUCAAAUCAAUGUCUUCUGAUGAGUUACAGUCGGCAGAAGCUUUGUUACUUACUUACAUCUUAUUGCAAGAAGACGAACCGAAUGAUUUAAGGGCUGUUCACUGGGAAGACGUAUUCAUCAAAGUCGUUUCUGAGUUCAACUCAUCUAAGAUGAUUGCUGAGCGUCUUGUGUCUACAACGAUUGAAGAUGAGCUGAAUGACGCAAGCGCUGACAUCAUCAGAGACUUUUCCAUUACGUUGGGUGUUUUUGUGACUUUUACUAUUUUAUCAUGUAUGAUGUUUGACUGGGUUAGGAGCAAGCCGUGGCUAGCUGCAUGUGGCGUCUUAUCGGCGUGUCUUGCACUGGUAUCUUCAUUUGGUCUCAUGUGCUACGUCGGUGUACCUUACGUCAAUGUUGUGGGGGCAGCACCAUUCCUUAUAAUUGGCAUUGGAGUUGAUGAUAUGUUCAUUAUGUUAGCUGCUUGGCGCAAGACGAGCACCAGACUGACUGUGGAACAACGCAUGCGUGAAGCAUUCUCCGAGGCCGCCAUGUCUAUUACCAUAACGUCUGUGACUGAUGGCUUGGCCUUUGGGAUUGGAACCAUCACAGUUUUUAAGUCUGUGAGGAUAUUUUGUUUGUAUUUGGGUACUGCUGUUCUCUUUGAUUACCUGUUUCAGAUAACAUUCUUCGGGGCUUGUAUGGUAUUGACCGGUCGGCGGGAGGCGGCGAACAGACACUGCUUGUGUUGCUAUAAGGUCAAGUCUAAGAUGGAACAAAAUUCUAUCUUUAUCAUCUCUCGUUCGGGUACUCCGGAGCAACGUGGGGGCCCCCACGUCGACAGUGGUCAUGCUACCCGGCAACCAUCCUCACGGAUAAUACCCACAAGUGAGCAUGGUGUGAUGGUAUUCUUCAAGAGGUUCUACGGGCCUAUCAUCACAAGUUGGUGGAUGGUAUUGAUCGUUAUAGUGCUGUAUUGUGGCUACUUGGCCAUAGCUAUCUUUGGAUGUACACAGAUCGAGAUGGGACUGAGUCUCAGGAACUUAGCGCGUGAUGACUCGUAUGGGGCUAACUACUUAGAUGAUGCGCGUUUCUAUUUCACAUCGUACGGCCCUCAAAUCGCCUUAGUUUUUACAGAGCCAAAAGACAGCUGGCAUCCAAGCAUACAGGACAUCAUGGAGCAGACUCUUGUCAAGAUGGAGGAGACUGAGUAUGUCCACGGCAAGGAAGAGAACCUCUCUUCAUCCUGGCUUCGUGCCUAUCUCUCGUUCCUCAAGUUGAAUGGGUUACAUGAACCAACCCAGACCCAGUUUAUCAACACACUCAGGGAUAGUUUUCUCAAACACCCCGCCUACCAACAUUACUCUAUGGAUAUUGUAUUUAACAAAGAUAACACUAGUAUUGACUCUUCAAGAUUCUUUGUUACCACUAAAGAUUUAGAUACCACAAAUAAAGAGAGUUCUAUGAUGACAACGCUGAGGGAAGUUGCAAAUGAUGCCGAGAUCCCGGCCAUUGUCUACAAUCCAAAUUUUAUCUUCUUUGACCAGUUUAUUGCAAUCUAUCCAAACACCAUGCAAAAUCUUGGUAUCGCCAUCGGCGCCAUGUUUGUUGUAUCUCUACUGAUGAUCCCAAACCCCAUCUGUUCUAUCCUCGUCACUCUCUCUCUAACAUCCAUCGUGACUGGGGUGGUCGGCUUCAUGGCUCAUUGGGAUGUGAACCUCGAUAACAUCUCCAUGAUCAACCUCAUUAUCUGCAUAGGUUUCAGUGUGGACUUCUCCGCACACAUCAGCUACGCCUACGUAUCAGGGAAUCAAGGCUCACGUCGUGAGAAUGCCAUCCACGCUCUCUACUCCCUCGGUAUGCCCAUCGUUCAGGGAUCCCUUACCACUAUUCUAGGCAUCUUAAUCCUCGCAUUCUCAGAAACUUACAUCUUCCGGACUUUCUUUAAGACAAUGUUUCUCGUGAUCACUUUGGGAACACUUCACGGUAUUGUCUUUAUUCCCGUCUUCCUUAUGCUCAUCAUUCCGGCAAAGGAGCAGAAUACUGACCAGUUCCCUGAUAGGGAAAACCCCGUACCCAUUGACAUUAAAAGAGCAGCUACAAAAAUAGUUCCUAUAUGGAACCCCGGGUUCAUUGCUUAUCCUCCGACGAGAGGGUUAGAUCGCCGGUAGAUCAAAUGCCAAAUGGGAGGAGGUUGGCCGCUAGACAAACGUCGCCGUAUCCUCAGCCUGUGUAUUAACUUGUACGUCUUUAAUUAUAUGGCCCUUUUCGAACUCACGGCUUCAGCUUUGGAUUCGGCUUUACGCUUCCGUCCGCUCUCUCGUCUGAAGCUGGUGAGUGCGUACGCAAAGCACGCGCGAUAUGUAUUGUCAAAACAACUUCCGCAGGGCCAAGCUAGCCUGUGUCGAAUCAUGAGCCGAAGCCGUGGUUUCGAAAAGGGCCUGUGAGUGGAACAUUCUCAAAGCCAGCACUUAAGACGACUGGGUUAAAAAUGUGUAAACAUUUGUCACACUUACACAGAUUUAAUCUUAGCUUAAAACACAUAUAUAUAUAAUAUUUAGGACAACCAGUUUCCAGGUGAGCCUAGACUUGACUCGAGUGAGAGAGGUCUCUAUAAGCAUAUCGCACCAACUACUACCAAACAAGCCGUAUUAACCCUUUAUCAUGCUGUCUCCAUCGCGGUAAUUUUCUUCGUAACGAAUAACAAUAUAAUGAAUGCUAUUCAUAAUUUUGAAAAUAAGACCCGGACUAUUUUCUCCUACCAGCCUCGAUUUGGUAUCAUUGAUAAAAUGGGAGAAUUUCAAGAUGGCUGCACCAUGAUGGCUGCACCAAAAUGCGGUCCCGAGAAUGGGAAAAGGUUUGGGAAUCCAGAGCUUUACAGAGCAAUAGUUUUCUGGCGAUGGCACGGGAUUGCGACUUGAGUCAAGUCUAGGUUCAGCCUGAUCCAGAAAUGGGUCAGGCACCAUGGGACCUGGGAUUCGGGUAAAAUGUACACGAGAGUAAAAAUUUCUCCGAAAAAAAUUAUUUCAUGAAUAUUUGACAAAGGAAUUUUUUUUUUUGAUUUUUUAAUCUAAAACUUUCUAUCAUUCUUUUUGCAAUGUAUAAAGAUGAAUAAUAUAACACUGACUUAAAAGUCUCACACAGUGUCUCUAUAUAUACAUGUAAGCUCUCCAAAAAAUGUUUUCUCUAAAUGUGAAAUAGUCUCCUGGAGAAGGGGUUUUGUUGAUGACAUUCAUUUUGACACUAUGGCAUCGAGUCAUAAAAACGGUGUAUUGUAAACUCACAAAAAUUGUUUACCCCCGACCACAACCACGUUGCAAUACAGGUUUAUAACAAAAAACGUGUGAUCGCAUGUAAAAGGCACUGGACACGUUUGGUAAUGGUCAAAGACCGGUAUUCUCGCUCGGUGUGCUGCAACAUUUACAUCAAACUUGUGAAACGUUUGACUCAAUUUAUUGUUCAUCGCAGUUGCAAGAAAAUAAUGAAAGAACAAAAAGCACAAGUGUGUACUUUCAGAUCCAUAACAAAAAGGCUUCAGCUAUUGAGCGAUGAUCGAACUAUCUCUUUCUUACAAACGUUACUUCAGAGGGAGCCGUUUCUCAUAAUGUUUUACACUAUCAACUGGGCCCAAUUUCAUGGCUCUGCUUAC